AUGUCCUCUCCUACCCCGAACAAACUCUCUCAUCCACCGUCGUCAAAGGCCAACGCGGCAUCCCCGAAGGUGACUUCGGAAGAUGUCGAAUUGGCCCCGGUUCAGAAUGGGCAAGCCGAGCCCAACCUCCCUUUGGAGGAGGAUAUCAUGCAGUGUGCCCGGAUAGGCGCGCUUGAGCACAUCCAGAAGAUGAUCCAGUCGGGCAAACACAGCGCCAACUACAGAGAUGAAGAGGGCAUCAGUCCGUUGCAUUGGGCUGCCAUUAACAAUCAAUAUGCCGUGUGCAAGUACCUGGUCGAGCAAGGCGCGGACGUCAAUGCAAAAGGAGGAGAAUCAAAUGCGACAGCCGUCAUGUGGGCAUCACAGAGAUGUCACUACUACAUUGUCAACCUGCUGCUACAGAACGGCGCAGAUCCUCUCUUGACCGAUGGGCAGGGCUACAACAUUCUGCAUUUGGCUACCAUCGAUGGAAAUGCCCUGCUCCUAAUCCUCCUGCUGCAACAGAAUAUCCCGGUGGACAUCCCAGACCCUCAGGGCCACACCAGCUUGAUGUGGGCAGGUUACAAAGGCUGGCCAGCAUGCGUGGACCUUCUGCUCAAAUGGGGCGCCAGCGUCAAUGCUACGGACGACAAUGGCUACACACCUUUACAUUGGGCGUUGGUCAAGGGCUCAAAAGCUUGCCUCGACAAACUGAUUGAGUACGGCGCCGAUAGAUUCGCAAAGACCAACGAAGGCAAGACACCCAACGUCUGCGCCGAAGAGAUGAACACGAAGCGAGCAUACCACCGCGCAUUAGCUGACCAUGGCUACGACGCCUCCGGCAACAUCAAGACCCUCCCAAUGAACCUCCACACGAUCGUGCGCGACCGCUCGAAAAUGGCCAAAUUCUUCUUCUUGUACCCCUUUCUGAUAAUAAUCGUCGGCCUGUACAUUAUAAGCCACCUCAGCAUAUACAUCGGAGUCCCCAUCUUCCUAGCAGUCUGCCUAGGCAUGCAAUACCUCGCACAACAAAUCUGUAUGAUCGGGCCUCUCGAAUUCCGCCAAAUCCACAAAACGCCCUACUUAGCUGGUGUCUUCGCCGGCACGCUCUUCUGGGUCGGAGCCAGCUUCAUCAUGUUCAUCCUCCCGCUUGUAUUCUCCACCAACCCGUUCACCUCCGUCGCCUUCCUAACCGCCUACUCGGCGACCACGUACUUCUACUUCCUCUCCAUGCUCGAGGACCCAGGCUGGAUCCCCAAGCUCGCGUCACGCAACCAACAGCGCGCCACAAUCGACGAACUCUUCUCGCUCUGGAAAUUCGACGAAGACAACUUCUGCAUCCAAUGCAUGAUUCGCAAACCACUACGAGCAAAGCAUUGUCGACGGUGCAACCGGUGCGUGGCGAAACACGACCAUCACUGUCCCUGGAUCCACAACUGCGUAGGGAACAACAACAUCCGCCAUUUCUACAUCUACAUCCUCAGCAUGGCCGUAGGAAUCGUACUAUACAUCCGGCUUGUGCUCUCAUACCUCGAACUGUUGCCUCCACCAAGCGACGAUGCCCUGUCGCAAUGUCACAUCCUCUCCCCCAGUCUGUGCACCUUCGUGCUGCGCGACCCCUGGACCGUGGCCCUCGCAUUCUGGGCCACCCUGCAACUCGUCUGGGUUACCAUGCUCAUCGUCGUGCAGACCAUCCAGAUCACCAAGAAUCAAACCACAUACGAGAACAUGAAGCGGCAUGAUAAGGUCUACGACCACGCCCGCCCUUUACUCCCUACGCACAACCACCCCAUCACACAGGGCGCCUCCGCCGCGGCUACAUCUUUGAACGAUUCCGCGGCCGCGAGCACGAGACUGCAUCCGCCGCCACGCCGGCCUGACGGGUUCUGCACGCGCUGGAAGAAGAUCCUCGGGCUGGACGCCUUCUUGGUCACGGCCAGCGACGCAAGCCAUGGGCACAUGCAGUCGCGAAACCCCUUCUCACGCGGCAUAGUCGGCAACUGCAAGGAUUUCUGGUGCGAUCCUGCCCCAGUAUUCGGGCGGAGGAGGAACGGCGAGGGCUUCCUUGGUGGAGAAGUGGUGGAUUACGCGCACAUGUACGAGGUGCCGUUGAGGUUGAGGACCGGCAGAGUGAGAGGCGGAGGCGACAUGAGGUAUGAGAGUGUGGCUGGCGAGGAUGUCGACGAAGUAUGA